GCGCAACCCGGCGGAGUAGCGCUUCAUCCAAAGAGGCUAAAGCUAGCUAAUGAUUAACACAGAUAAACAGCAGUAAACCUUUUCAGGACAACUUCACAUCACUUCUCAAGGAGUGUUAUUAUGGCCAAACAAUAUGAUGACCUCGGCUCGUUAAAGGGUCCCGCAUUCACUGACCAUACCUUUCAACAUUAUUCAGAAAUGAAUCAGGACAGGAUCUACAUGGACUACAAUGCAACAACACCACUGGAACCAGAAGUGAUCCAGGCCAUUUCUGAAGCCCUGCAGGACGCCUGGGGAAACCCAAGCAGCAGUUAUAUAGCAGGUGCUAAAGCCAAGGCGAUAAUUAAUCAGUCCAGAGAGAAUGUGGCGAGAAUGGUUGGAGGGAAAGCUGAAGACAUCAUUUUCACAUCAGGUGGAACAGAGGCCAAUAACCUGGUGCUCCACACUGCUGUGGAGCACUUCAGGAGGAGCUGCAGGGCUGCAGAGGAAGGGGGGGGGCAGCGGAAUGGAAGCAGCGGCCUCCCUCACAUCAUCACCUCUAAUGUGGAACACGACUCGGUCAAACUAGUCGCUGAGCACCUACAGAAAGAGGGCAAGGCGGAUGUGACAUAUGUGCCUGUGUCCAAGGUGACAGCCCGUGUGGAGGUGGAGGACAUUAUGGCUGCGGUGCGCUCCAACACUUGUCUCGUCUCUAUCAUGCUGGCCAACAAUGAGACCGGGGUCGUCAUGCCACUCCCAGAGAUCUGCCAGAGGAUAAAGCGUCUGAACAGGCAGCGUGAGCGGCUGCAGAUCCUGCUGCACACCGACGCUGCUCAGGCUGUGGGCAAAAUCCCAGUCCAUGCCUGUGAACUGGGAGUGGAUUACCUCACCAUAGUGGGACACAAGUUCUAUGCCCCUCGGAUCGGUGCUCUGUAUGUGAACGGCCCUGGGACGAGAACCCCUGUGUAUCCCAUGCUGUUUGGAGGAGGACAGGAGAGGAACUUCAGACCGGGCACAGAAAAUACACCAAUGAUUGCUGGUCUGGGAAAGGCUGCGGAUAUGGUGACCUGUCAUCUGUCUGAUUAUCAGAGUCAUAUGCUAACCACCAAACUCUACUUGGAAGAACGGCUGAAGGCCAUCUUCAAAGACAAAAUUCACUUCAACAGCCACUUCCCGGGCUCUGAUGUCCUUCCCAACACAUGUAACGUGUCCAUCCUGGGCCCAACACUACAAGGCUGGAGGGUGCUGUCCAGCUGCAGGAGGCUGCUGGCCAGCGUUGGGGCCGCCUGCCACUCAGACAGUGGAAACAGGCCUUCCCAUAUCCUCCUGAGCUGUGGCGUCCCCUCAGAGCGGGCAGCGAACGCCCUGAGGCUGAGCGUGGGGAGGGGGACCACCAUGGCAGAUGUGGAUGCAGUUGUGGAGGACCUGAGGGAGACUGUGCAGCUGCUGGAAGACAUGCUCUGAUUACCUUCUUCUGGGUCAAAUAAUAACAUCAUGUAUGUGUUGUGUUCCACUACCUGAUUAUGUCAAAUGGAUGAAAUAUUGAAUAUAAAUAAUAAAGGGGAACCUGAGGGAUGAUGCUAUAGAGAGAUGACUGUUCUCAGCUUCCAUCAUGUCAUGUGAGGAGCUAAUCAGCUAAUUAGAGUCAGGGCAACAUGUAUGAGUUUUAUGAGAGAAAUAAACAAAUUCAAUCAACUAUAA